AUGUAUUCCCUUUUCGAGCAUCAGAGGGCGCCGCCUCGCGAAUCGCGCCGUCGCCCAGCGCGGCUGAUAUCAGCGGUGGCAUUGGGAGGCUUGAUUAUCGCCGGCUUCUGCCUCUGCAUGCUCUACUUACUCGACACUCAGUCAUCGUUUGACUUGAACAAUGUCUUGUUCGUCCCUGUGACGCCUUUGGCAACUGCCAUCAAUACGGGCGGCGGUCAGUUUCCUGGGCCCGUCAUCGAGGCCAGGUCUGGAGACGAGUUGGUUAUUGAUGUGCACAAUGGCGUGAACCAACUUGGCCAUCCAGGCAUUUCCAUACAUUGGCAUGGGUUGUCGAUGGAAGGCAACAAUGAAAUGGAUGGCGUGGCAGGUUUGACGCAGUGCGCUAUUCAACCAUCGCAAACUUUCACAUACCAAUUUCGCAUCGCGCAUCAUCAAGAGGGAACGUUUUGGUACCACGCUCAUUCGGCUCUGCAGCGUGCAGAUGGCCUCUACGGGGGACUAAUUGUCCACCGGCCAGUUCACGACAGGAGUAAAGGGGAUGAGGUCUUGUACGACUACCAGAAAGAGCAACUCUUACUAAUUGGGGACUGGUAUCACCGGACCGCAGAAGAGGUUUUGGACUGGUUCAUUGAUCCGGACCAUUACGGCAUGGAGCCUGCUCCCGACUCUCUUCUUUUGAACGGGAGAGGGCGCUUCAACUGUUCCAUGGCUGUCAAGGCACGCCCAGUCGAGUGCCAAGACGUACACAGGCCCAUUCUUCGACUACUCAACGCCCAACGCAUCCGACUUCGCGUCGUAAACACUGGAGUUUCAGCAGCAUUCAGCAUGGCUGUAUCCAACGGUGUCAUGGAGCUCAUCACCGUAGACGGCGGAUAUCCCGUGGACAAUAAAACGCCGGGCACUAAAGCCAUUGGCUUGCUCUAUCCGGGAGAACGCAUUGAUAUAAUUCUAGAUCGUACAUUGGAAUAUUCCCAAUCUUCUGUGCAUGCCAUCUCGACGAAUCUAACGGUUGAACUCGAUAGGGAGAACAUGCCAUUGUGGAACUUUGCCCUGACCCGCACUCAGUCCUUCCAGAUGCAAUCAAUCGGCGAUAUAAAGGACGCGGCCCUGAGACACGUUCUUCCACGGAAACCGUCAGUGGAUGUUCUUAAUGUAGCCGAUGUGUCGGGCCAACCUGUCCAAGCGCAGCUCGGAAUUGGACAGCAACCAAAUGAGCAGGCGGUUCUAUAUUCUACCAUGAAGAUCCGGGCUGCCAACCACAAUCGCCCAGUGGGCUCGAUAAACCAUACAUCAUGGAUCACUCCAGAUGCCAAAGCCCAACCCCUGUUGACGCUGGAACGUGAAGAGUGGGAGGCCACUGUUCCCCAGCCCACCAGAGUGCACAAGUUCGACGUCCCUUGGCUGAAAGAGUCUGGCGUAGACAAAUGGGUUGACGUAGUGGUAAACAACUUUGAUGAUAAAGGGCAUCCUUUCCACCUGCACGGCUAUGAGUUUUUUGUCGUGGCACGAGCUCAGGGGACUGGAAUUUACAAAGGCUAUAACCCCUUCGAUGCUCAAAGUGUGGCCGACGCAGCGCCCUUGAACACGCACAACCCGCUACGCAAAGAUACCGUCUAUGUUCCCUCCAUGGGCUACGUUGUUAUGCGUUUCCCGCUGCGCAAUGAUGGCCUGUGGCUUUUGCACUGCCACGUCUUAUGGCACCAAGCAGUUGGAAUGGGGACAGUGAUUCAAGUUGGCCGAAUCUCAGAAUCCCUUAAACAGAAGUCUAGAAAAACGUGUUUACCAGUGUAG